AUGGGCAAGAAGAGAGUCCUUGUAGGAUAUGGCAUCGACGUCGACGCCGUGGCAAACUGGAUCAACACUUGUGACGGCUCGCCACAGAAUCCAACAAACGUGUCUCGUGGAGUAUUCGGUGCGACCGUGGGAAUCGAUCGCCUCCUCAAGCUAUACGAGAAGUACAACAUCAAGGCAACUUUCUUCACGCCAGCCCAUAGCAUCGAGUCUUUCCCUCGCCAACUGGCCAAAGUCAGAGACGCAGGCCAUGAGCUCGCCCUGCAUGGCUAUACGCACGAAUUUGUCUCUCAGCUUUCUGCCGAUCAGCAACAGGACGUCCUCACCAAGUCGAUCGAUGUCCUGACGAAGUUCUGCGGCAAGAAGCCUAUCGGGUAUACGGCACCAGCGUGGUCGACCUCGAAGGAGUUGAUUCCUCAACUGCAGGAGGCCGGUAUUCUUUACGACCACUCCUUCAUGCACCAUGAUCUCCAGCCCUACUUUACACCGGACAGCUCUGAGAAUUGGGUCGAGACGAAUGCGAAGGAUUCGGCGGAUGCGUGGAUGACACCUAUGACGAAGCUGAGACCCAGUAAAGUCGUUGAGAUCCCGGCGAGUUGGCAUCUUGACGACUGGCCUCCUCUCCAACCCAUCCCUGGCAGACCAGGAGCGCAAGGCUUCGUUGACCCCCAUGUCGUCGAGAAGCUUUGGAUAGAGCAAUUCGACUUUGGCUAUCGAGAGUAUGAUACUUUUAUCUUUCCCAUGAGUAUACACCCUCAAGUUAGUGGGAAGCCUCAGAAUAUCCUGAUGCAUGAGAGGAUCAUCGAGCACAUCAACAAACACGAAGGUGUCGAAUGGAUGCCACUUUGUGAAAUGGCGAGAGAGUUUCUCGAAGGACGCAUGCCCGGCGUUGAAGUUGAAGGGGGCGUCGAUCUUUGA